AUGUUCAGCAUCGCCUCGACACCUCCUGAUCCGGACCUGGUCGGCGACAAGUGGCGGGACCCGUGGAUGAGUCGUCUGGAAGCCGGCUGGAACUGGAUGGUCGAAUGGCAUGAGCACCAGCGACGCGACGAGAUCCGCAAACACGCUUCAGUCCGCGAAGACUACUCCGCCAUACAACGCCCCGUCUACCUCGUCGGUGCGUGGUCGUGCGAGUGCUCGAACGUGGUGUUCCGCAUGUUACAACGCCUCGAAUAUCCCAUCGGCUUGUUGCAAGAUUACCUCCAGUGGUGGGAUAAGUGGUUGAAUGGCAAGGACACGCCGUUUGGUGACCGAGAAGAGCUGGCUGGGCUGGUGGACUGCCGUUAUCAUGACUCGCACUAUGGGAUUCUCGGCUGGACGGCGAAAUGCUCGGCUGACGGCGAAAUCUUCAUCUCUCAAUCUCGGAUGAGCACCUUUCAAUAUGCUCUCGCAUGA